AUGGCCGAUAUAACCUCGCAUACACUGCAACUCGAGCAGACCUCACAAGAUGAACAGAACGUGUACGAGAGACAUGCGCUCCCUCCGAAUACAAACACCAUACGAGUACUCGACGUACAACCUAUUCCCAAAGACGCUAUCGAAGGCACACCUGUCAAUUGUACUUUGCGCGUUAUCCAUCUCGAUCGCGAACCCGACUUCACGGCAUUGUCGUACGUGUGGGGCGACCCGGAACAUAACCGCAGCAUCGUAUGUGAUGGUGUUCUGUUUUCGGUUACCGAGAACUGCUACUCAGCUUUAUGGCACCUGAGUAAGAAGCUCCAGGGACUGGUAAUCUGGGUGGACGCAAUAUGUAUCAAUCAAGGAAAUAACAGCCAGGAAAAAGAGUGGCAAAUUCCUCUCAUGGGAGACAUAUACACCAAGGCCCGGCAGGUGUACAUAUGGUUGGGUCGUGGGGAUGAUAGGUCUGACCGAGUCAUGAGAUACAUGUCGAGAGGCGGACUCCGUACAUUUGUUCGAACAGCGCCGGACGAAACGCCACGAUACCGACCUUAUGUUGCAGCUUUGCGUUCUUCUUUUGCUGGGUUGAGUUUCGGAUAUCACCCACUGCCGUUGCGGCAAAACAAGAAGCCUGUGCUAGCUUACGUUUCACGCCGGGUGCAAUAUGUCAACUGGUAUGAUAUUAUCUACGUUCUCGACCGGCCGUGGAGAGGUCGAGUUUGGACUUAUCAAGAAAUCCUACUAGCUUCACACCCCGUAAUGGUAUGUGGAUCUGAACAUGUUGAGUGGUCGGAUCUUGAACGGGCGCUCCUCUUAUUGCGGAGUACUUCUGGGUCAAACUUCCCAAAGGUCAUCAUCACAUGGGAGAAUAUCGCCUUCGAUAGGGGCAAGAUAAGUUCCGUUGUUCGACCUGCCGAGCCUAACGUACUACAUUCUCUACAAGAGCACGAGGGGGUUGUAAAGAAAGUCCUCGCAGCACGACGGACUCUCAAGAUUGCCUGGGUCUGUUUUGUGCUGGCAUGUCUAACAGCAGCCCUUCUGGUCGGUAUUGUCGGUAUCUGUUCUACGCAAGAUCCCAAACUGAGAAUCAGUUUUCGUUUUGGACCCAUUACCGAACUGGUGUACAUGUUGUUGACUAUUGGUGCAAUUCCUGGAACAGUCUUAUACGCAGUGAUAGAGGUGCGCGACUUGUAUAAUCCCUUUCGACGCGACCUCGAUGACACUGGGUCAGAUGUCCUGGUGGGCGCUCUAUAUCAGAGAGCAGCUACAAACCCAAGGGAUAUGGCAUACGGUAUAUGGGCCAUUCUGCCCAAGCUUGGCGCAACUGUUCUUCCAGAACCCGCGUACGAUGCCGAUGAUGGGACGCAAAUACCUUUGGUCUACUGGCAGCUGACCGUGAGUCUGCUGCAAGUGACUGAGAACUUGCGGAUACUGUUUAUAGCUGCUACGCGAAGACUGCAAAACACUCCGUCAUGGGUCCCGGAUUGGUCUACCUUCAAGAGCAACACGUGGCGAGACUUGCCAGGAUUUCCUGGUACUGAUCUUCUCCGGGGACAUCCACGUAUUUCGUCUGAAACGAAAGAGAUGGUGAAGAAGGAACGUGCUCAUCAACGGGUAUCUAUAGACCCUACUAAGCGUAUUCUGACGGUGCUUGCCGAAGAUACUGGAGCCAUUUGCGGCUGCGUAUCCUUUCAAUCAACGAGCAGAACUUUCGAGGCCUUUGAAAGAAACUCCCAUUUGGAGAAUAUGCGAGUGAUGCUUCAGUGGGCAAGUUGGGCCGAGAACAUCGGAUGCAAGGUUUCGGGUUUCUUUUUCCCGCCCCAAGAUCAGGAACUAGCCCUCGAGGUUACGCCCCUUAGCGCUGGGGCUCCAAGGCCAACCAAGAGAGAACGAACACAAUGGGGAAAACUACUUGCUCAGCGAAGGAGGGACAGAUUGAACAUAUAUCUUACUCGCUGGAUGGACGGAGUAAAAGUGCCGAGAUGGUUUUUCAGAUUCAUGUCAACUCAGAUAUAUAUGUGUACCUUGUUGGCGGAAUUGAAGAGAAAGAUCUGCUUUGUCAGCAUCUCCAACGAACCAGGAAACUUCUGCCUCCUCGUUUGCUCGGCAGAAACACAAGUGAGUGAUCAGCUGAUUCGAAUUUGCGGACUACCGAGCCCAAUAGUCGUACGCAAACAUGGCGAGCUGGCUAAUUCGGUGGACAUCAUUAGUCCCACUGCACUUCAGGGUCAAGGUUGGAGCAGAAAGUCGCAGGGCAGGAACGAUGGCAGCGAGAUUAGUCUGGAAAACCAGUUUGUUGAGUAUCAUAUACACUUAGAGCUAGGUAAUGAGAUAUUCGGCUCUGAGGAGCACGAAGGUUACUCUGCAUGGAUUGCAUACGGACAAAGCAAAACAGCUAACAUACUAUUCGCUGUUCACUGGAACACACUCUUCUCACACGAGGGUAUCUUUGCUUUCGCGCUGCACCCUGGAGGCGUGGAGACUCGAGCAGCGGACGAGGUGUCGGGCAUGAUGGCCAAAGAGCGAAAGGCAGAAUUCCCAGAUCCAUUCGAGAAGACCAUUAACCAAGGUGCUGCGAUCGCGUUAGUAGCUGCGCUAGAUCGAGAGUUAACGCCGGAAAAAGGCGUAUACUUGAGUGACUGUCAAGUCACUGAUGUGCCGCCGUAUGCAGAUAGCAAAGAAAAGACAUAG